UACAAGGUCACGAAGUUGAAUAAGGAAGAUUCAUAUCUGUAGUAGUAAUGUAUAAGAAAAAGUGAUCAUAGUAGCUACUAAAGUAACAAACUUAGAUGCUGCAGUUUCUGGUUGAAUUACCUGCAGAAGGGUAUAUUUUUCACUGAGGUCAUUAAGUUGUUCACUAGUAAAUGUCGUCUCCAAGAGCUGUUGUAAGGAAUAAUAAAGAAACUAAGCUUCCAAAGUUCCUAUUUCAAAAACAGGUCGACGAUUUGAUAUAAAUCUUGGUAUACCCCACGUUAGGAGAUCAGGAUGAAUUUGAAACAGAUCGUGUCUGUCCUUGUUAGUGUUUUAUUACUGAUGAGCAAUAAUGUUGUCAUCGCAAGAACUAAUAUCACCGGCACAAACUUUGACAAUGAUGAAGCAAAGCUUCUCAAAGAUGUGUUGGGUGAAUACAACAAAAAACUGCGUCCAGUCAUAAGCAAGCACGAUAAGGUUGAGGUUAAACUGGGUUUUACUCUUAAUCAGAUUAUUGACGUGAUCGAAAAGUAUGAAAUCUUGAAACUGAGCCUCAACAUAAGACAGAUUUGGGAUAAUCCCCUCUUAGCAUGGAAUGCAAGUGAAUAUGGUAACAUAUUCCAAGUGAAUCUAGAACCCAGUGAGCUGUGGAAACCAGAUAUCUAUCUUUACAACAAUGCCGACAGUGGGGCAGAUGGAUCUCUGUAUGGAUUCAAAGCCAAAAUCACCGUCGACUCAGCUGGGCGAAACGUAUGGUUGGCUCCAACGCUAUUAACGACCUCUUGUAAAAUCAACGUCAGAUACUUUCCCUUUGACCAACAGGCCUGUACCUUGAAGUUUGGCUCAUGGACCUACGACGCUGCCUCCGUUGAUGUCGUAUCGCAGAGUAAAUCCGUCAACUUGCUUGGCUACCAGGCGAACGGCGAGUGGGAUAUGAUUGGAUUCCCAUGUAAACGCAAUGAAAAGCGUUACGUGUGCUGCCCAAACCCUUUCACUGAUGUCACGUGCACUCUCCAUAUAAGGAGAAGGACAAUGUAUUACUGGAUUAACCUGGUUGUGCCAUGUUUAUUAAUAACAGUGCUGUCUUUACUUUCAUUUAUCGUAAGUACCGAGUCUGGUGAACGAAUCUCUCUGGUCAUAACCAAUCUUUUGGCACUGACAGUCUUCAUGCUGAUUGUAGCUGAUAUUCUACCACCCACGUCUGAAGUGGUACCUCUUAUAAGUACCUUUCUUACUUGUUCCAUUGUAGAGGUUGGAAUAGCAUUGGUUGCUACUUGUAUUGCUCUUCAAUGCUAUCAUACAAACCCUGAAAUCAAUGAAAUGCCAUUUUGGAUGCGUUAUUACGUUAAUCAGCGACUUGGAAAACUGGUAGGGAUAACAUCGCUAAAGAAAAAGCUACCUGAAACUAAUAGCGAUGAUGAGGGCGCUAUCCCUUCUGUCAAUGCCAUAGACAAGCUGAGAAACUUGGUUUUUGGAAAUAGAUCGGAACAUCGUUUCAAUACAGAAUCAAAUGUUUCUUUGAGUAGGAAGCCAUCUAUGACAAGCUGUAAAAUGUGCCAAAAUGCCGGGGCCAAGUCAACAAAGUCAUUGGCAGGAUCCUCUAGACCUGCAAGUACGUUUGCUUCACCAAGUACUGUCUUUGGAGAUGCUGAAAGCGUAGAUACUAUCGAUGAUCAAAUGGACCACUCCGUGGAUAGAAGCACAAGACAACCUAAGAGACACGCAUGCGCAUCAAGAAGCAAGUACCUUGGCAUGUUAGGAGCAAUCAUUCAUCGCCAAGAUCACAUCGUCGAGGGAAUCCAGCAGCUUGCUGAGGACCAGGAUGAUCAAGACAAAGCCGUGGAUGACCGCUUCGAAUGGAUUCUUGCUGCUCACAUUAUUGAUCGUUUCUUCUUGUAUUGUUUUAUUGCUGUACUCUUCGCUUCUAUUUUGAUGAUAUUUGCACUUGUUCCAAAACAUCCAAACAUCGAUGAAAUUCAAGAAUAACAGGAAGAUCUCAAAGAAAGAAGAUUAUGCAUCGUUGAUAAAGGAGGGAAUCUAGUCGUUUAAUUAGUAUUUCCAGUUAUCAAAUAUAUCAAAUAUAAUGUCCGACAAAACACCCAGUCUAUAGACCAUCACCUGAAGAAGGGAACUACUCGCAGUUGUAGUCGAAACGUCGUUGUUUUAAAACCAAUUACUGCAAUAGUCCCUUCACAAUUCCCUGCGCCAUCUUGAAAGAUAACCGUGCCUUUGCAUCGAAGCGAGAACAGCGGUGUCCUUGCAAUGAUACAGGAAUGUGAAUAAUUGUCCAAGUUGUUAAAAAGGUCGCUAUCAUUGCAAAGGCACCAUCGUCCACGCUUCGACGCACAGGUACGGUUACCUUUCAAGAUGACACAGUAGAGCAAACUGUGAAGGGGACUAUUGAAUAAAUAAGUACUUCCUCCUUUAGCAAGAUUAGUCAGUUGAACCAGUUAUUGGUAUAAAGGGCCCAAGUUUGAAGACCUACACAAAUCUAGUGCAGUAAAUGAAGUGCAACCCAGCUUAGCUACAAUAAAAUGCACGUUUAUGUGCACACUUAAUUGCAGCCCUUUUGAAGGUCCAAGAGGACUAGAAUAUGAUAGCACACUUUAUUACGCAUCUUUGUCUAAUGUGCUUUUAUAGUAAUAACAUCACUGAUGCUUUUAUGAGACAAUUAGUUUUUAAAAAUCUUAAACACUUACUAAAACAGGUCGCAGUUGGAGACACCCUUUUUAUUACUUGGAUAUAUGGAAUCUUUGGCAAUAAAAAUUGCAAAAAGAUUGACGUUA